AAGGUUGUACAACGGUUGUAGCGAAACUUCGAAGCACGAGUAGGCUCCGUGCUAGGCGCAGACAGCGGAGCAGCCGUAGAAGUUAGAUUGUAGCAAUCUGUUCAAGACCUAAAAUAUUCCUAAUUGUCUCAGUACUGUCAUGUAACAGAAGAACGCUUACUACAUACUAUAUUACAAGUGCAACCACUCAAAAAAAAAUGGUAGUACAACUAGCGACUUCAACAAGUGCCGCGAGCCGCGCACCGCUGUCACCGGUGAAAGGUUCCUUGCAGCACGUAGCGGCCGACUCAUCAUGGCGAAAAACGAUGCUUGUGUACGACAGACUCAAAGCAGUAGGAGCGCUAUUGCAAGGCUCGAGAGCAGAUCUCUCGCUGAUCGUCUCUCGGCGACUCUUCCGUAAUCCGACAGAUACGAUGAUCAUCAAGGAAGCGGCGACCUCGAUACACAGGGGAUACCUCACGCAGGGGUAGGAGAUGAUUAUACUUACUUACUUUGAUUCUUCGCAAUCGCAGUGCGUUUCUUUGUACGACCAGAUGAAUCGCUAAAGAUGAUUAUGAUAUUUUCAAAAGAUAACCUUGAAAGAACCUUGUUGAUGCUCCACAGUAUAUCUUCGAAUGCAUGUCAAUUUUCAAAUUCUCCACUCUAGAAAGCCGGUGCCGGCAACGGUCGACGUCGACGCCUUUUUAGCGGUUGUGCAGCGCAAGAUUUCAGCCUAUGCGGAGCGCCGCGGCGCCGCAGCGGUAGAGCGACUGUUUGUCCCUGCAGUGGAUCUAGAAAGUUCUGAUGGCGGAAAUUUUGACGACUCUAUCGGAGAUAUCAAAGACGGCAGAAGAAGUGCUGUGAUAGAGCAAAGGUGUGGUGGUGACGUUCCUGGCGAGGUAGAGGGCUUGGCCGAGGCGGGAUUAGGAUAUGACCAUAAACAUCGGAGGUUGAGUUUAUCUUUAUUUCGAUCAAAGAAUAUGAAUUUUGCCAAAAUUUUACCUAGUGAAGAUAGUAGUACUUUAACUGAGGAGUAAAAGUCUUCAGCGAAGAAUCAAUGUACCUACAGAGUUGCCUUUUGGUGAAAAAAGUACAAUAUGGAGUUGGACAAGAAACGAAAGUCAGUCCUCUUGUCUUAGCACCUCUAAGUACGUCUAGCACCCGAUCUGCCUCUUUUCUACGGGGAGCCUCCUGGCGUGGGAAGUCGCUCAACGGGUUCGAUUCAGCACCUGUACUCCCUCCAUUCGUCAGGAGCACUGAAGAGUGCUUCAUCUGCUACUUCAAUAGAAGAUGCGAAUAAGGCUCGCUACCUGUCCGCAUUUCGAGACGCCCUUUUGAGUCGAGAGGGGGAUGUAGUUCUUGUUGGAAACGAACACGCUCCCGAAAUGGAAAAGAGGGAUGGACACGAAGCUACUUCUCGAGCAGGUGUUUUUUCACAUUCGCAAUCCACUCCAGGGCAAGCAGCUGUGAAGCACUUUGUUGAGACUCGUUCAGCUGGGACAUCUUCAAAGCUAUCUUCCACGCAUCCAGCUUCCGCUUCAACAUCUUCUAAGGAAAAUCAGCAACAUGCAGAGAAUAAUUCCAUCGACCACGACGAGGGUCGAAGUAGACCGCGCAGUGCUAGGCGCGCUGCUAGCAGUAUCUACACCAAGCAGCGGAUUUCGGUUAAGGCUUUCCCCCCUAUCCAUCUCUAUCGGGAUCCCUCAACUUCGUAUACAAGGGAUGCUCUUGAGGCAUCUCCAAGGGGAUGAAUUGGGGAUGGAUCUAACUCACCUGCAUCGAAACCCCAUCAAGCAGGGACGACCGAAUCUUCUAGUCAGCUUGCUGGUGCGUCCAAAUCUUCCUCUUCUUCAUCGCAAGUUCAACCUAAAAGAGGCUCUAGCAAUGCAGCGGCCACAGCGUGGAAGGAGAUCGUUUCUCAGCGAAGUAAAAGGACGUCGUCACUCACUAUUAUGCCACUCAGUUUAGAGAUGAAAACUUUUGUCACCUCUGAAUUUGAUUGUAGGGUGGGAGUAAAGACAUCACAUGACUGUUGAGCAUCCGAGUCCAGCAGUACUCUCAAGUUUUUAAUACUUGAUGAUGGUGGAACUAGUAUGCUGUCCUCUAAGAUCCCAGCAUCGUCGUUGCGCAAUGAAGAAAAAGGAUCAGAGCAAGGGACGCAGUUUCGCUCUGCAUUACGUACGUCUACUUCUUCAGCUCCUUCUGGCAAAGAGAGAAAAACUCCACUGAAAACGAUGAAAGCAAAUGCAACUGCGAAAUCAUCGUCCACCUCAAUAUCCAAGGGUAAUUCGCUAGCCUCAGAACAACACCAGCGUCUGGAGGUGGUUGAUGCACAGCGGGGAGUGGUAGAAAUAAGAGGAAACGUGGACGGCAACUUUGCAGACAGUUUCUUCUCGGAGUAUGCGCAACAGCGCGAAACAGACAGGAAACAAAGACAAGUGGAACAUACUGCACGAUUAUGAGAUGAAACUUUCGCAGAAUCAUUUUUCACCAAACAGCAUAGCAGCUUCGAUGUUGAUCACUACAAAUUACCACACUUAAUUAAUCAAGUACGCGCUUCUUCUUCUUCAAUCUUUAUGUUUAUUGCAAGUCCUAGUCGUAGACCUAGUACUCGCAGUAGCCUUACUCACAAACAAUGAAGCAAGUAAGACUAUGAAUUUCUCUGUACGUUCUUUCAUAUCCUUCGAGCCGGUUCGAUCGUUUGCAUACAGGUGAGCAACGGCGCACGCGGUCCUCUGGUAUCACGCAGCAACAAUUAUCUGAACAAGGACCAAAGCCUCGAAAUUCAGUAGACCGCAGCCCUGUGAAAAAGAUAAUGGUUACGAGGAAAGGCCGGCCAGAUCUCUACUACGGAAUCUUCUCCUCACCUGUGAAAGGGGAUGAUGCACAUAAUGGUGCUGGUGGAGGCGGCCAGAGGUAUUGUAGUGGAAGUCGAUGAUGUCCACACAACUACAUUAACUGUUAUCACACAACACUUAACAUGUUAUUUGAUGUUCCUCUCUGGGAGUGAUCAUCACUACUGUGUGCUUGUCUGUGGAAUCUUGUCACAUCGAUUCAUCCCGCCGGUAGGUGCUGCAUACCUAUUUGGGAUGCACAGAAUAGAAUAGAAAAUCGAUAUCUGAGGCAACUUCAGGCAACCUGUUCAUUCUUCAAUCCUAGCUUGAGUCUUUGUUCCGACUUAUUUCCAGGUGUAUCAAUUCGCCCUCUCCAUUGGGCUCGCGUUCGGAUGCGCAGCCAGAAACGAGGCUGCGGAACUCGAGUAUGGAAGAUCUUGUAGAGGAAUUCCGAGCCUUUCUAGAGCUGCGCACCUCAACAGAAGCAGUGCCAAGUGGAUGGCAGACGGUAUUUAAGCCAGCACCGCGUAACGGAGAACAAAGAGAGGAGCAGCAAGAUCAGGGACGAGACACUUCUAGAGGACAACACCAUGUUGAAAGUCUGCGAGCUGGCGAUGAGGAGAGUCCAACGAGUCGUGGAUAUGAGUACUUAGCUGGAAAUAUUCGCCUUUCUAGAGGGGGAUUGCGACAGCAAACUUCACAUGAUGAUGACAAGACGCAGAACCCAGCUGACGAAGCGUUCUGGAACCACGCAACAUGCGAAGAUGAACAACAAGUUACUAAACAAGGUCGUUUUGCUUCUAGUUCGUCUAAUACGGCGGGUGGUGCCGCUGCACCAUACACGCCACGCAUGUCACCCGAUCAUGAAGUGCACGUAGAAGAAACGCUAGCGCAGGCAGAGCGGGUGUUAGAUUAAGGCUCAAAAUAUUUCAUUUCCUAGGGUCGUUGUCCUCAGUUUCCUUCUUGGGAUUCUGAAGAAAUGAACUCCGCGAGGCGCGUAUGUAGUGAGGCGGACGGUUUUCCGCAUGGCAGUAGUCUGCCCCAGCUCCUAAGUUUGACACUUUUAAAGUCGACGGAUCUGAAUUUUAGCGUAUAGAUACUAUGUAUAGGGAACUAGCUCGCCCGUCUGUCGUCGGCAGCUUGUUCUCGGAUAAACAUGCAAGCCCUUCCCCUUCAGAUAGGCCUGGCACUACUUACAAAAAAAAACUCACGGAAGAGAUUGAAGAGAAUGGCUUUGAGCUCUAAUUAGAGGACCGGGAGACUGAGGAGCCUUGGCCAACCGCUUCGUAUACCAUAGAGGACACAGCCAUGCCUAGAGGGGCGUCGCAAGAAGACGGCACUCCAAUCGACACUCCAAUCGACUCGUUGAAACAGAGGCUGCCACCCUACGCUUUUGGAUUUCACGAUUAUGGAAUCAAUGUUGGUUGGUCGAGAGGCACUAGAAGUCUUUACUUUCAGUAUUACUGAUAUCCCCUAGAAGUCUUUACUUUCAUCAGUAUCUAUGUCUUACUUAGAGUUAGCAUCUUAGAUGUUGACGAUGAACUUUUUAGUCUCUAGUUUUCUCACCAGUACGUCGUAGUUUGAGCUCCUUGAUGUCCGCAUCCUCGCUCCCUAACCUCGUCUAACUCAAACGUGUGGCAGACUGUGAAGAGGAGCCCCAAGAUAUUGAAAUGAAAGGCAAUGGCAGCGAGGAGAUGUCGCGAGAGUCAGGAGCAGUGCAAGAGGUAUGAGUUUCUCUGUCGUGAUAGAUUUAGAUAGAUGGUUCUCUUGGUAUCACAAGAUCUAGAUCAUCUGCUCAGUUGAGGUUGGUUGUGCUAUCUCCUCACUAAUCAUUUUUCCAGUUUGUUUUGUUUUUCCGUUGAAUCAACACCAUUUAUUUUUUUCUCCAGAUUUCUGAUGGAGCGCCUGACCCAACAACUACCACGACUACCGAGAAAGGCACAAUUAGACGGCCAAGACCGCGAAGCCCGCCACCCCCAGACGUGAGCUCGCAAUUCCUGGAAGCCACAGGUACGGCCACAUCUUCUAUGGGCCCUUUGGUGAAGCGCAAGCCAGCGCGGAUGGCACUGCUGACGAGAGAAGUGGCGAAACCGGUAGAAGUGUUGCCUUGUGAAAAAAGCAAUAGAGCAGAAAAAGAUCAUGUUGAAGAACGACCUAUAGAUCCAGUAGUAAAAAACGUAAACGAAGUUCCAGGUUCAGUUCCACCACAAGAGCACGAGCCGAAUUCUGACGAAGAUUUCAUUCUGCAGGAUGCAGUACACAAUCCUGCGUUCGAGCGCAUUCGUGAUGGUAAAUUUAAGUUCUUCGGCUACAAUGAUCAAUAUGCGGACAUGAUAGCGGAGCAUCUUCUGUUCCCAGCACCGGCGAAAGGGCAUGGUUCCUUUAUCGGAAAUGGGAAUAGGAUAGUUGCAGAGCAGGCGCAUGAGGAAACAAAUCGCAAAGAACAUAAAAACUACAACAUCAUGGCUUCGCCCUCAGAUGGUUCUACUGGAGUGCCGACUAGGAUGCCAAGUGGCAUCCCAAGUGGCAUCCUAGUCGGCACUCCAGUAGAACCACGAUCAAGUAGACAUGGCGGAAGUACUACAAUAUCUACGUCGGCUGUUCCAACAUCUUCUUCAAGUAGAGGACAUGUGUCUGUCGGGAACGGGAACACCGAACUGGACGAUGUUGAGGUAAGAACAGAGGACACAAACAGGAAACUUGUUAGUAAUAUCAGCAAGCAAACAGUGGUCAGUCCGCAUUAUGUGGUGGAGAUGAUAGACGACAACGGGAAUGAUUGUGCUAGUGAAGAGCAUCAUGGUCUUGGUCAUGCUCUUGCUCGCGCAGAAGACCUCACUGGCAGCAACCGUACCGCAAGUAGCCGCGCGCCUCAACUGAACAAUACAAAUACUUCGCUGAAGCCCAAUUACACCAGCAACUACAUUAGUAACAAUAGAGCGACGAGCAAGUUUGCCGGAUUCAUCGGGACGAGCAAGGCCACAAUGAGUAGUAAGGGCAGCGUCGUAACGAUCCGCCGAGAUCCUUGGGCUAGCUCUACGGAUGUAAGACGAGAAGAUUCUGGUAGAAGUAUGCUAGAUCAGCACAAGAAAGACUCUUCUCCCUUAAACAAUGAGGACACCAGUGGUCUUGCGUUACAGUACUCCACAGAAUUGAAUUUUAGGAAAACAUUGCGGGACGAUGGACACCAUGGUAAACAUGGAGGUGGACAUGGCGGUAGUGCUCUUAUCUCUCCGACCUAUGGCUGUGACGGAAAAAUGGUGGGAGCAGGACAGCCAGCUGCAACAGCAACUGACUACAACGCCAUACUAUCGAGAUCGCACGAUACUUGUACUUCGCCGCCGAUUUUCGGUAGCCCUAGGCCCUCACGUCAGAGCAGGAGGCGUAGCGGUAUUCAAUUCUAAGCACAUUCGACGUAUUGGCUUUAUGUUUUUUUCUCAACAUUUUACAGGUCGCCGUGCUGGUCUUCACUCACUAGCAGUUUUUUUUUUGUGCAAGAGAAAAGAUACAAACAUUGAAGAGCAGUUGUCACCCGAUGCAGUGGGUGUUACAGAGAUCCGCCGCACCACCGCGGAGGUAGGUAAGCACGUUGCUGAAGAGGAUCAGCGCCCUGCAAAACUUCACUACACGACAGCCGCCACCUGUGACAAAGGAAACAGCGGAGGGGUGGCGAGCUUACUAAGAAAGCGCACGCCAAUCCCCUUCACCGUAGUAAACGUCCCCGGGAUAGAUUCGGACGAACAGCAACAGGAACGCUGCCCGAGUGAUGACGCCGCCAGGCCGAUGCCCCGGCCUCAAGAGCGCAGUCGGCGCCAACUCGUCCCCGGCUGGAGUGAUGUAGGAUGUACGAUAAAACUCAAGACCUCCGCUCCGGGUGGUCUUGUUACUGCUCGAAUCUAUACCCCGCCAAAGUGCAGGCCUACGCGCCGCACUUCAGAAAUGGAAACCCUCACCAAGCAAGCACCCCACGCACCGCAGGAGGCUGAGGCCCCACCUUCAUCCCCGGCGGCUUCGGCUUUACUUCGUGGAAGCACCCGAGUGGAAUCGGGAAGACGCGUGGCCACUUGUGUGAUCUAGGCAGAACUGGGGAGACUGCGCACGGCCACAGAUAAGGCGGGGCGGCAGCUCUCCCCCUUUAGCCACGGCCGCUCUGCACCGGAGUCACUUAUCGCAACGAAGGAAGGGCGGGAAGUGAAACGAUUGAAAAUGAAGCGGGUGGAGGCGAGCAGCAUGAAAGUGGCGGGGUCGGUGGCUAUUAAAAAUAUGAAGCCCGCCGAAGGUGGUGGAGUCAGCCGCGGGGGCUGGGUCGGCUGGUGAAGUGCGUGGAAGAGCCUCUCUCGGCCUCAGAGGUGAAGAGGGUGCUGUUGCUGACUUUUGGGCAACGAAUCUGAUGACGGUGGACCCCCAGGAAGACAGCGGCUGGCCAGGGCGGCGAUGGCUCGGCGGGGCUUGCUAAACCGCCGCGCCUCACCCGUGGCGGCUAAGGUAUGGCCCCACCUUUGCUCGAACAGCACGCGCCACAAGAUACCCACUCUGGUGCAUCGCGUGGCGCCGCCUAUCACUUACACCUGAAGGGGUAAGGCUCUCGCGGAGUGAGUUGAAGGAGUGACUGCGCCGCGCUGUGGAAGAGAUGAGAUAGCGGACGAUGGGCGCAAAAGCAACAUCAAUUUGCAAGCUCACUCCUCUCCAUCCUUUUCUCACUAUGUUAACUAACACACAGGCAGCCCACAAUGCAUCGAUCCUACAGAGAUGACAGUGACACAUGAUCUUUAAUAACUAUGUUUGGCGCCAGGUAGCAACAGUUUACGGUACUCGAAGCGCCGGGAUUGGCCUCACCAGCUUCGGUCUGAUGACCAGGCAUACCGCGAACCGUUUCGUACCGAGUUGCUGCCACAAUCCAAAUUCGUACCCAUAGGUGGGAGCACAAAAGAUUCCGUGCUAAGUAGCACCCAUGGUUCACUGUGCAAGUCUAGUAGUAGAUAUUAA